GAUGAUGAUGAUGAUGAUGAUGAUGAUGAUGAUGAUGAUGAUGAUGAUGAUGAUGAUAAUGAUGAUGAUGAUGAUGAUGAUGAUGAUGACGAAGAAGACAAGGAAAAUGGAAAAAAUUUAAACAAAGCCCUGAAGAAAAUUCUGAAGAAAGGUAAAGGUCCGGCAACAACCCAGGAGGCCGAAGAGGAAAUCACGUGAGAUCGAAGUGUGACGGGCUUUGUUUUGCGCGAAAGAAAAAGCAAUACUACAGCGAUAUCCCGCAAAGUAAAGAUGCGACGGCUGUUUCUACAUCGGAAUGGGAGGUAAAAGUGCGAAACCCAAGAUUCCCUCCUAUGAGCCCUACCAGUGCUGUCCUGCGAAGGUUGCUCGCGGCACUAAGCUCGCCAAGGCCACAAAAGUCAGCCCUGUUAUCAAGGAAAAGGAUAGGGUCCAUGGUAACGUCAAAGGCAGGUUCAGUAAAACGGAAACUUCGGCGUUGAAGCCUAUUAACAAGCUCACACCAAAGGAGAGCAAAAAGAUGGCGACAAGUUCACCGAUCAAGAGUACCAGCAGUCCAACUACCGAAGUCAAGCAAUCCCAUUCGAAGGCCAAAAGAGGAUUUUUCGGAAGCGUUGUGGCCGGUCUUCCGUACCUCAUGAAGGUUUAAGAAGAAUUACGUUACGAGAGAGGAUCUAUAAGAAAAGUAUCUAAAAGAAAAAGAGAAAGAAAGAGAGAAAAGGAGAAAAAGAAAGAGAAAGAGAGAGAGAGAGAAAGAGAAAGAUUGAUGGAUUGAAACUUAAAACAAAACAUAAUUGGUGUUUAACCAAUAAGAAGACAAGGAAGAUGAUUCUAUAUCCAUUGGAGUAUCAGACGUCAUCUAGUAAUAAUAGAAGAAAAGACAACAACAACAACAACAACAAAAACAACACCAAUAACGACAACAACAAGAAACAAAAUAUUUCAGAGAUUAAUAACAAGAUAGCACGUUGAAGAGUGCUCUCUAUAAAUCUCUAAAGAUUUCAUUUAUCUUAUCUUAUCUUAUCUUAUCUAUCGAUAUACAUACAUAUAUUCGAGCGGUCAUUAUUAUAUCUCCUACAUCAUCUUCUCAUCAUCAUCUAUACUAUCAUACAACGAAACAAUAAUCAUAUUGUCUCUUUAUGAUUACAAAAACAAAUAUUACUUUGUUGAGCUGAUCGCAUCGUCACUUCACACACAUUUUUUUUUUUUUUUUUUUUUUUUUGAUGGAUUAUAACAAUAUACAUCUAUCGAACACUUCAUAUACAUCACACCCCUUUCUUCCCGUCUCCCUCAUGAUCAAACCACACACCCAACCCAAUCACCUUCUUACUUUAAUUAUUGUUGACUAUUUAAGAUGUUUAUUCAUUGUUAUUACCUUCGAAUUAAUUAGAGUGAUCAUAUUCUCUCAAUGAUUAGUGUAUCUCGGUUUGCCUGUUAUUUUUCUCACUAAUUAUAGGAUAUAUAUAUAUAUUCAUUAUCAAUAAUUCUAUUCGUAAUUAGCAGAUUAAAUAUACAUAUAAUAUAUAACUGCGUUCCUUCGCAAUCAUUAACAUCAUAACGAUUUGUAUAUUUAUAUAUAUGUAUGUAUGUAUGUAUAUAUACAUAUAUAAAAUCGCUUUUGUUGCAUUUCAUCGGUAAUAUAUUCAAGAAAAAUGCCUAAGAGACUAUAUAGAAAUAUUAACGAUCAAAUUAAUAUAGAAAGAAAACAAUUUUAGAAAUCAUCUUUAUCAAUAUUAUUUUAUACCGAUUUAUUUACUUCCAAUUAGACACUUCUUUUUUUUUUUCCUUCUUGCAAUUUAGACUUAUCUCGCGAUUAAUGUCCUAGUGAGUUGUAUUUUUCUUUUCUUUUUUCUUUUUUUUUUCUUUUUUUUUUUU